GGUUUGGGGAAUUUUGUGCUGUGUGUCUGUACGGACACUAGCGUCAAACGGAUGCACGGUGACCAGGGUGGAGGUGGCACCACAAGAAAGCCAGUAAAAGACAUUCUGUGUGGAGACUGUGGAACCAUGAAGCCAGGUCGAUCUCACCGCUGUGACACUAAUGUUAAACGGAUGCACGGUGACCUGGGUGGAGGUGGCACCACAAGAAAGCCAGUAAAAGACAUUCUGUGUGAAGACUGUGGAACUAUGAAGCCAGGUCCAUCUCACCGCUGUGACACUAAUGUUAAACGGUUGCACGGUGACCAGGGAGGAGGUGGCACCACAAGAAAGCCAGUAAAAGACACUCUGUGUGAAGACUGUGGAACCAUGAAGCUAGGUCGAUCACACCACUGUGAUCUGUGUCGAACCUGCGUCUUGAAGCGAGACCAUCACUGUUUCUUCAUGGCGGUGUGCAUCGGCUACCACAACCAGAAACACUUCAUAAUGUACUGCCUGUUCAUGUUCAUCGGCACGUUCUACACGCUAGUCAUGGUGGUCAAGUACGCUAACGCUCUCUACGGAGUUCAGUUUUCCGGACCGCAGACUUUCGUUACUUUGCUUGUGGACUUGUUGUCAAAUUCCCUCUCAGGAAAGCCGCCAUCUUUAUUCUACCUGAUUCUGGUGGUCCUACUAUACAGCAGUUUAGUCAUGGGUCUGGUGGCCGUGGGGUUUCUGUACUGGCAAAUCACUAUAGCAACCAGCGGACAGACGACAUACGAGGCAUGGCGUGGGGUGCACACCUACGCUAGAAACCACGCCAAAGACAACUUGAGAGACGUGUUUGGGAAAUUCUGGCUUCUGCUGUUUUUAGUUCCAUUACCACUGCCACAGUAUGGGGACGGAACAUACAGUACCGCCGAACAGGCUAGGAAGAAGAAAGCUUGAUGGUGUGGCGAAAUGUUUCUGUAGACAUACUUCAUUUAUAUCUUCAAUGUGCACAUAUGUAUACAAUUAUUUUAUAUAUUCCGAGGGCUUGACUACAUAAUGAUUGUACAAUAUUAAUGUAUUGUUAAACAGGUUUUUCAUA